AUACCGCUAACCCUUCAUCAUGUCCCUCUGGAGUCUCACAUUGGUAAUUCUCGUGGUUAGUGUAUUCCGGAUACAAAACACGAGAGGAUUUACUCUGUCUAGACAAGGUGGAUGUGCUCCAGUCAGCGUUAACUGCCCUAACGUGAAAUACGACUUCUCGUCCGGAUGUUUUGUUUGUACGGGGGAGGACAAACAACAGAUGGGUUCCGGUGCAUCUGUACCGCAGUAUGUCAGUCCAGUAAAGGAAAAUUGCAAGGACAAAGGCAUCAUGCUUCAGUUGAUGCUGAAUAUUCCUAACAGUGGCUGUUCUACUUGUGGACAGAGAGAACCAAUGCCUAUCGGCUGGAACCCUAUGGCUAUGACAAAUUCUCCCCCAUCUUCUACCCCUCCCCCUGUAACUACAACAACGAACCCUCCAGAAACGACGACAGAAAAUGUCCCAUGUCCAUGUAAAGACCCCGCUCAUCAUGGUACUCAUUCUACCACUAGUACAACUGUGACAACUCCGGAAACCACCCCCAUACCAACUACCACCACCCCUCAAACAACUACGUCUACCCCUCAAACCACUACGUCCACGCCUCAAACAACUACCACCACCCCUCAAACCACCCCAACAGAGAAAACUAUGACAAAAACAAACCCAACUACAACAGUAUCUUCUACAACAAAAACUACUCCUACCUCAACUACUUCUACAACCUCCAAAGCCACUACGACUAAAGUUACUACUACUACUACAAAAAAACCAACGUCUACUGUAAAGACUGAACCAACUAAAAGACUACACCUGACUACAACAACAACCACUACAACAAAGCCCAGUACCUCGACAAAAUCACGGCCCCAUCACACCACAACCACUACUCCUAUUCAGAAGAGCACAACCUCUAAAAUAAGCGCAACAUCUACCGCCGCUUCCUCCUCAGCGAAAAAUUCAGCAACCUCGAGUACUUCACAAGAGAGCAACUCCUCUAAAAACAAUCACUCUAAUGGCGGCAAUUCUAAACAUGAUAAUUCCUCAAACAACAAUUCAAAUCACAGCAGCAGUUUCACAAACAACACUUCCUCUCAUAGCAACACCUUCACCAGUAGCAGUUCCUCUAGCUCUAGCUAUUCUAGCAGCAGUUCCUCCUCUAGCAGUAGUUCCUCUUCAAGCAGUUUCUCGAGCAACAGUGGCAACCAAAAUACGACCAACAGCAACCACCAUCAUGGCAACAACCACCACCACAACAAACAUCCUCACAAUGGCACCAGUUCUCAUAGCAACAAUUUCUCUAACAGCAGCUCAUCCCAGAGCAGCUCCUCCUCCAGCAGUAGUAGCAGCACUAGUUCCUCACAAAAUGGCAGCAAUUCCAACAGCAGCCUUCCUCACGGCCAUGGUCAUCACAGUUCUCACAAUACGUCCAACAGCAGUCAGCACUACUCACACUCAAACAGCUAUACUACAAAUAACGGCUCCUCACAGAAUAACUUCUCAAAUAGCAGUUCUUCUCACAACAACAACACGCAGAAUAGCAGUUCCAAUACUAACAGUAACAGCUCGAAUAACGGGUCAUCUAAAAAUAACAUCUCCGGAAACAAUAAUUCUUCCAAUAGCACGAACACGUCCAACAAAAACUCAUCGAGCAGUUCGAACACUUCGAAUAAUUCCUCGACCAUUACUAACACUUCCAGCAAUAACAUCUCAAAUAACAUGAAUACCUCGAAAAAUAACACUUCAAAUAACAUGAAUAGUUCGAAAAACAGCAACUCUAACACAGUCAGCAAUUCUAAUAACAACUCCUCUAAUUCCAUGAAUACUUCCAGCAAAAAUUCCUCUAAUAACAUUAACAACUCUAAAACUAACUCUUCAAGCAAUUCUAACACUUCAAGCAAUAACUCACAAAACAACGUGAAUAAUUCCAAAAGCAACUCUAAUAAUUCCACAACUUCCAAGACCUCGUCAAAUACCUCCACCUCUAACACCAUGAACACUUCUAAUAAUAGUAACAAUUCGAGUAGUACCAACAAUACAAACAACAGCCAGACCCAAACGAACCACUCAUCUAGCAGCAACUUCCACAAAACAACUACCCUCAAAACAACGACCACUCCCGCAAAAACAACAACCCUAAAAACAACGACUACCCCAACAACUCCAACGACGACGACGACACCAACAACGACGACAACACCAGCAACGACGACAACACCAACAACGACGACAACACCGACCACGACAACAACUCCCACGACCACGACAACACCAACUACGACAACAACUCCAACCACGACAACAACUCCAACCAUGACAACAACUCCAACUACGACAACAACACCAACCACAACGACAACACCGACAACUACAACAACACCGACCACGACAACAACACCAACAACUACAACAACACGAACUACGACAACAACACCGACCACGACAACAACACCGACAACGACAACAACACCGACAACCACUACAAUUAAGAUAACCAUGCCGCCAGAAUUAAAAACAACACAAAAAAUAACUGUGCCGCCUUCAUUGAAAACAACAACAGUCAAGACAUCAACAACAGGAAUGCCUACAACUACAGGUUGUCCACCUUUCCCAACUAAUUGUCCGGUAGCUUGUGGAAGCUUUGAUAUGGUGACCUUUUGUCCUAUCUGUGACUACAACCUGUGUGGCAUGACACCGCCUACUUCCGGUUGAAAUGCCACUUCGUGUGAUACAUCUAGUCAUAAAGAUCACAAUAAUACACUACUGACUGUU